AUGAAUUUGGCAAGCGCGUACGCGGCCAUCAGCACCCUGUCCAUACUCACGGUGGACGAUGGCAUGGAACUAUGCGUGGACUUCUACCGAUUCAAGGUGGAAGGUACCACUGCCAAAGCAUCAAGGCACAUCCAUUGUCCAGACAAUUCAACCGUCCAGGGGAAUUUUGCGUAAGUUAUUUUAGUCUUUUUUGAAUUUCUCUGUUAUACAGUCAAGUUUUUUCCAGUUGUGCACUGCAUAAUUUUGUGUAUGCUUUUUUCUAGUUUUAAAUUUUCUUCAGUGUGUACAAACUUGACCCGGGUUUGAAGUUUACAAAGCAUAUCAUUGUGGCGCAAACUACAGAAAUUGGCACUGUGGUUCACGCUGGGGAGGGCUUUGUUUCGUAAGUUUUAUAUGUUAUCGAUAAUUUUUUUCAAUUUGGAAAAAUUUAUCAACAAGCUUUGUUGAAUAAUUUUUAAAAAAGAAAUACUUUUGAAUUUUUAGUUAAAAGAUUGUUAAAAUAGAGUUAAAACAGAACAAUUUUGUUACUUUGUAGACCGGUCACGUUAGUAGCAUUCUCGUUGGUAUCAGCGGAACGUGACUCAAAGUAUUUUGGCAGUGCUAUAAAACUGCUUGACGUAAUCCAGAUCAGCACUUCCAACGACUACGUGCUGUAUCAAGAAUGCCGAGAUGGUGGGAUCGCUUCAUAUAGACCGAUUGUAGCACCUUCAGACUCUUCUUUCCAAACUUUGAAUCUAAACAACCUUCAAGUCUGCGGCCUGACCUUUGGUCACACUCCAGAUGGUCUGAUUUGGGAAAGCGAAGGCCAGUGUCGGAAGUUGGUCGUCGAGGGGAAAUCUGCCAGUUUGAAACAAGAGGCAUGUCCGAAGGUAGAAAAGCUAGUGUUUUCGAUGGUAAGUCUUUAAAGUGUUUUAUUUUUGACCUGUAAAGGAGCUGUUAAAUUAUUUUCUUUACAAUUUUCUUUCUUUUCAACUGUUAAAAUUUUAGCUGAAUAAAUCAAAAUGUUUCUCAGGCUGUCUUUGUAUGGCUUGGUUGUUUUAACUUAACUGAAAUUAUGAAUUUUAGACCGCGCUGAAGAACCGUGCUGCGUCGGCCAAAGGUGAACUGCCUGACGCCGAAGUCAACACAACUUUGGCAGUGCUGUACCUUAGGUAAGUUUUCUAAAAUGUAAUUUAUUUUAAUUUUGAAGAUUUUAGAGAUUACAUGCAAUUUUUAUUUUUGUCGAGUUUUUUUUGCAUUUUAUCACAAAAGUUUUGCUGUCUAAUUGAGGUUAGGUUUCUUUGUCAGUUUUAUAUUUUUAUUUUAUGUGUAGAAUUCCUUAAAUUGGAACGUUUUUUAAACAUUUUUUUAGGCCUAAGCCAGUUACCACCACCACGCCCGAGCCUACCACAGAAGUCUCCGAAACGGCUGUUUCCAGUUCAACCACAGAAGGUGAAGUGUAAGUGUUUAUGGCAUUCUUUGGUCUAUGCUUUGAAAAUUCCACGCUGAGACGGAGUAGUUAACUUUUUUUUGACUUUUUUUUAGAAAAUCUAGCAUCAGAAUAUAAUCUUUUUGUCAUGAGUUAAACAUUUAAUUAAGGUUUAGUUUUACUCUGAUAUUUUCGUUUUAGCACCUCCACCGUACCUCUAGAACCUUGGGUGAUUGUUUUCAUUUGCGUUGUUGUUGGGAUCGCCUUCGGAGUGCUGAUUGGACUAGGAGUGUAUUACAAGAUAAAGGGCAAGAGAACUGGCAGAAAGAGCAAGAAAAGAGAGAGGAAACCGUGGAUCCCAUCGUCAAACACCAAGUCCAACAUAACAUCGAACAUAAAAUCGAACCUAACAUCGAACAUACCAGCGAACGUACCAUCGAGCCCAACGCCGGAGGAAAAACCGCAGGUCAUCAUAACUCGCGGGGGCGACUUGGUUUCUCCAGAAAAAGUUGACGAAAAUGGAAAGGUUAUCCCUGGUCAUGUUUCCCCAACCUAUUAUGCCAACUGGCCGGUGAAGGAACACCCGUCCCAACUAGGAUCCGUCUAA